AUGGGCCACAGGUGCGCGGGCUACUACGUCAACUGCACGAUCCAGUUUGGGCAGGAUGGCAGCGUGAGCAGCGUUGGCAAUGUCACCCGCGGCGAGUUCAAGCCCAACGCUGAUGUCGCGGGGAUCGGCACCGUCUUGGCUCUGGUUAUUCCCACCGGGUUUGGCCUGUUUGUGAGCUUGAUCAUUGGCAUGGCCUUGAUCCUUGACCGUGUCCCGGGCGUUUAUCGAUUUCUUCGCAGACGCCCUGUCCUGCGAAAUCUUGUUCCUAGCCCGAAUCAAAUUCCUGUUGAGCUUCCAACCGACAGCCAGCCCUUGAUACACCACGCGAACUCGUCGGCCACAUUGGCAUCGAAUACAGGUUACGAGCAAGUUCCCCUCCAGGACCAUCCAGAACAUUCUCCUGGUCAUGCGCACAGCGGAAGGGGAUCUGCCGCAACCUACUACGAUGACCACCCAGAGAGACCCGAGCAUCGCGCCCAGCGAACGGCUCACGCAAGAAAUCCUCGCCAUCACUGGCGUGGCUCCCGACCAAAGGGCACGAUUUACUACCGUCCCAUCACACAGAGAAAUGUUGAACAGGCGGUAGCAAAGCCGUCAGCCACAAAAAAGCGAAGCACUAUCAUGAUCAGUCUGUCUCAGCUUCAGGACUUUUCAGACCGAAACACUCUCUCAGAGACACGAUACGACAUGUUGGAAGCCAUCAUGCUCUGCAUCCCUGAUUCGCAGAUCCUCAUCGCGCUGGCUCUCGGUCUCAGCUUUGCAUCCCGGAGUAAAUGCACCACUUCACAGUACCACAUGAACGUCGUCGUUUGGCUAAGUCUGAUCGCUUGUACAAACUUCCUUCUGGCUUUUACGCUGGUGCGCAACUUCUGGCGCUCAAAGCCGGCGGGAAUCAUCAGAAUCUGCUGCUUCACGGGAGUCCUGAUCUUCCUGAUGUUUGUGUUUAUCUGGCAACGCAGAACUGGUUGGACGACUGAAUCUUGGCCUCCGGACGAAAGAAAGGAUAGCUUGAUCUUGUUCAACGCCAUUUGCUUCAUGCAGGAGCAGAGUCUGCACAACUUUACCCAUCUCUCCGAUAAUCAGUACAGCAAAGUGGGCAAGCUCGUUUCGACCAGCCAACCCUUUUCAGAGCUGGACUUGCUGUCAUAUCUGAUCAUCUGCAUCAUCUUUGUGAUCACCCUGAUCAUCAGAGUGUACCAGUUCUUCAAGUUCCGCACAAACGGACCCCCACGAGGGUCCCAUACCGACGACGAGACCAAAGGGCUUCGAAGCCUUCCCGCCAAGACGUGGCUCAUCAUGGCAUGGUGGCUCGUCUCGUGGUUAUGCUGCGGCAUCAUUUACAUACUCGCGACGCGCCGCAUCUUUCACCUGAGGAGCUGGAUCGCUGACUCGGAGUGGAUGGAGUCGGAUGAGUUUUCGUCUAACCCAGAGAACGACGUGCGUGGGUUUGGCCAGGUCACGCCGCUUGUGGCGACGGGGGCUAUUAUUCUUGCCGCGAUGGACACGAUGAAGCCUCGAUAUGUAACUUGCAAGAUCGUAGAAGAAGAGCCUGUCCAGGAAAAUGAGGAGGCGUAG